AUGGUCAUCUGCUAUUUACAGAUACCCUCCCGCCUCCAGUGGCACCCAGCCCCGGAAGGCCCUCCUCCAGGCUCCUGCAAGGUGGAAACAUUGUCUGAUGAUGAUGAAUCUUAUCCACAUGAUGUUGGUGAAUCUAUCAGCAUUCGAGCUAAUUUAUUUGGUUCCCCUUCUGGUCAGGGAUAUUCUCCUGCACCUGGUGGUCCAUUUUCAGCUCUCACUCCGUCAAUGUGGCCUCAAGAUUUAUUAGCAUCAUUUGCCCAGCCAGAAGAUGCAGCAUCAUAUCCAGAUUUUCGUUUUGAUGAAUUUGGAUUCAGGAUAGAAGAAGAAGAUGGUCCAGAACAGAGUUCUAGUAAAUUGUUGAGUACUCCAUUUACUGAGGAUCCUCAACACAGACUACAAUGGAUUGCUUAUUUGGAAUUUACUCAUAAUAAUGAAGUUGGUGAUCUUACUUGGGAUAAGGUUGAAAUGAAUUUACCUCAUUCAGAGAAAUUAAAAACAAUGGUACAACAAGGUAUUCCUCAUUCCUUAAGACCUCAGCUAUGGAUGAGAUUAUCUGGUGCAAUGCAAAAGAAACAUUCUUCAGAUCUAUCUUAUAAAGAUGUUGUCAAAGCCAGUUCUAAUGAUCAUAUAAUGACAUCAAAACAGAUUGAAAAGGAUCUUCUGCGCACUAUGCCAAGCAAUGCCUGUUUUUCGCAUAUGAACAGUACAGGAAUAUCCCGUUUACGAAGAAUACUUCGUGGCUUGGCAUGGUUAUAUCCUGAAAUUGGUUACUGUCAAGGAACGGGAGUAAUUGGAGCAUCUUUACUUUUAUUCUUAGAAGAAGAAGAUGCUUUUUGGUUGAUGUGUAGAAUUGUUGAAGAUUUGUUGCCAGCUUCAUAUUAUUCUAGUACACUAAUUGGAGUUCAAGCUGAUCAGAGGGUUCUAAUUGCUUUAAUAACUAAUUAUCUUCCGGAUUUAGAUGUUGUUCUUAAAGAACAUGAUAUAGAAAAAAAUAAUUAUUUUUGUGUGUUUUGUUUUAAGUAUUCCAGUGCCGGUGAUGAUUCUGUUUCUGAAGCAAUUACAGAUUUAGAAUCAGAUUUAAAACAACUAGAAAAUUCAGCACAAAUAUUUAAUGCUCUUUCUGACAUACCUGGAGAUGUUGAAGAUGUAGAACAGUUAUUUGAAAUAUCUUCACGUUUAGCUUCAUCUCUUACUGAUACAGUUAUUGAAACUCAUAGAAGAAAACAUUUAGCAUAUUUAAUGGCAGAUCAGGGAGCAUUAUUGAACCCAGAAAGUGCAAAAAAUUUACCAAAACAACAUUUGAAUCGACGUCAAUUAAAACGAUCAAAAUCAGUAUUUCAAUUAAUAAUAUUUGGAGAUGGAGAAACUGAUGAGGACAUUCGUAGUAAAAAUAUUCGACAAACUGAAAUUCUUGUAGAUUUACGAGAAGCUAUAUUGCAAGUUGCUCGUCAUUUUCAAUCUGUUGAUCCCAAAAUUAAAGUUAAUCUUAUUGCUGAUUAUUCAAUGGAUGGACAUGCUAGAGAUCAUGAAGUAUUUGUUAAUGUAUCUAGAAAUCGUCGAAGACGUGCCAAAGCCCUAUUAGAUUUUGAAAGACAUGAUGAUGAUGAAUUAGGUUUUCGUAAAAAUGACAUUAUAACAAUUAUUAGUCAGAAAGAUGAGCAUUGUUGGAUUGGAGAACUUAAUGGAUUGAGAGGAUGGUUUCCUGCAAAAUUUGUAGAAUUACUAGAUGAACGUAGUAAACAGUAUUCCAGUGCCGGUGAUGAUUCUGUUUCUGAAGCAAUUACAGAUUUAGUGCGUGGAACGUUAUGUCCAGCAAUCAAAGCUGUCUUAGAACAUGGUAUGAAGAGAUCUUCUAUAUUGAAUGGACCUUGUCAUCCAUGGUUAUUUAUUGAAGAGGUUGCUAAUAAAGAAGUAGAAAAGGAUUUCAAUUCCGUAUAUUCUCGAUUGGUUUUAUGCAAAACUUUCAGACUCGAUGAAGAUGGAAAAGUAUUAACUCCUGAAGAAAUUUUAUAUAGGUCAGUGCAAGCUGUUAAUUUGUCCCAUGAUGUAGCCCAUGCUCAAAUGGAUGUAAAAUUAAGAACACUUAUAUGCAUUGGACUCAAUGAACAAGUUCUUCACUUAUGGUUUGAAGUACUUUGUUCGUGUGUUAGUGUAGUUCAGAAGUGGUACCAUGUGUGGUCUUUCAUCUAUAGUCCUGGUUGGGUCCAGAUAAAAUGUGAAUUAAGAUUACUGUCACAAUUUGCCUUUAAUUUGAAUCCAGACUGGGAACUACCAAUCAAAAAUGAACCUUCACAGCCAUUGAAAGAAGGUGUUCGGGACAUGCUAGUCAAGCACCAUUUGUUCUCUUGGGAUUUGUGACAGGAGGAGGAUGAGGUGAUUUAUCACCUCUAAUAUAACCCUUGUGUGAUUCACUGACAAAACGUCAUUAAUUUCCUCUGAAAUAUUAAUUACAAAAAAUUUUUCCUUUUCGUCAGGGUAACAUUCCAUUCACGGUACAAAUGACAAGUGUUUUUUCCCUCUUUCUAAGUGGUUUUUGUUAUUGGAAAUUUUAAAUUUAUAUUUUAUUUUAAAAUAUUUUAACUUGUUUACUUUUAUUUAUGCCAAAUUUCUUAGUAUUCACUUAAUUCAAGUUUUUCACCAAG